CUCCGCCGACGGGCUCCAUCCAGAUCGAGACGGGGAAGCUCACCGCAUCACGGCGAGUCGCCUCCGCCCUGGCAUCUCAUCGACGCUGCCCCGACAUCCCAUCGACGACGCGCCGGCAUCCCAUCGCCCCCACCCUGGCACCCCGUCUCCUCUGCCCUGGCUUCCCGUCGCCUGUGCCAUCUCGUCGUUUUGGUCAAGCCAACAGUUGUUUCUCUAGAUCCAGCGCCUGGCCACUUGCCUCGUUCCAAGAUCUGAUUCUGUCGGGAGAGAUUACACAUCGUGGGGUUUAUAUUCUGCAAGUGUAACCAGAUUCCGCUAGUGUCAGAAGAUUCUGCAAGUGAUCAGCCGCAAUCCCGCAAAUCUACUUCAGCUCUAACAUUAUCUCAGGAGUGAUUUUCUGCUGCUCUUGGGACGAGGUGACACUGGUGUCAGAUGGCUUCUUGGGAAGACCUUGCUAGGAAUUUUUUGUUGGAAGAGGAAGAAGAAGAUGAGGAGCUAUUCUUUGUUCUUCUCCCUGUUAUAAUGCCCUUUCUCGAAGAAGAGAAAACACCUGAGCAUACCUCUUCUCUUCCUGGAGCUAAAAAAGUUAAAGAGAUCCUCGAAGGGCACGAGAAUUGGUGCAAGGUAGAAUUUAGGAUGGAGACUGAAAUAUUUAGAACUAUAGCAAACUUUCUCAGAGCCGAGAACUUGCUACGUGACACACGUGGCAUGAAGAUUGAGGAGCAACUUGGACUUUUUAUGUUCAUGCUCUCUCAUAAUGCAAGCACAGAUAGGCUAAAGAAGGAGUUUCAACAUAGCGGUGAGACAGUGCAUAGGAAAAUAAAUGAGGUCUUUGAUAUCAUUCCAGCAUUAAUUCAAAGAUUCAUCAGACUUCCGAACCCAAGCAACACACACGUGAAGAUUACAUGUGACCCUAGAUUUAUGCCAUUCUUUCAGAAUUGCAUAGGUGCUAUUGAUGGUACGCAUGUCCCAAUCACAAUUGGACAAGACAAGGCCAGUCCCUAUAGAAAUAGGAAGGGAACACUAUCGCAGAAUGUAAUGUUUGCUUGUGACUUUGACCUGAAGUUUACUUUCAUCUCAUCUGGUUGGGAAGGAUCCGCAUCAGAUGCAGGAGUGUUGCGGUCUGCUCUUAGCAAGGGGUUUACUGUGCCGGCUGGUAAAUUCUAUCUUGUAGACGGUGGAUAUGCAAACACACCAUCAUUCCUUGCUCCCUACUGAGGAGUUAAGUAUCAUCUCAGUGAGUUUAGGAGACGUGGCCAGAGGGGAAAUGCAUAUGCCAACUACAAGGAAUUGUUCAAUCAUCGGCAUGCAAUUCUUCGAAAUCACAUUGAGAGGGCCUUUGGGGUUCUUAAAAAGUGGUUUCCAAUCCUGAAAGUGGGGACACAUUACCCAAUUGAAUCCCAAGUUAAGAUUCCAGCAGCAGCUGCUAUGUUUCACAACAUCAUUAGAGGGUUGAAUGGGAGUGAAGAGUGGUUUGACUUCCUACGUGAUAAUAUCAACCCAUCAGAUUAUGUCGACUUGCCAGAGGGAGACACUAACUACCCAAGUGAGAUGGAAUCAAACCAUGGAAAUAUCCUACGAGACCAGAUAGCCCAUCAGAUGUGGGUUGCCUACCAUGUGUAGGAUAGUAGUGUUAGGAAUGUAAUUUAUCAGUUCUGAGUUAUGUAUUUCAAUAAUACAUUCUAUGACGCAACAUUCUAUAAUAAGU